AGCGCGCAAUGAGGAAAAGGAACUGUGGAAUCCAUGAUAUGUUACGCGGUCUACCUGUCGAGAAUUAAAUUAGUUUUAAUGGGAUCACUGUACAUUUAAGAUAGACAAUUAUUUACAGCGGAAAAACAGUUGGUCUCUCAUUUCAAAACAAUGUCGGCCUCAGCAGUAUUUAUACUGGACCUGAAAGGAAAGGUGCUGAUAUGCCGUAACUACAAAGGGGAGGUGGACAUGGCCGAGAUCGACCACUUCCUGCCUCUGCUGAUGCAGCAGGAAGAGGAGGGGCUCAUCUGUCCAGUCAUAUGCCACGGGAGCACACACUUCAUGUGGAUCAAGCACAGCAACCUCUACCUGGUGGCAACUACUAACAAGAACUCGAAUGCAUCCUUGGUCUACACCUUUCUCUAUAAACUUGUCGAGGUGUUCACAGAGUACUUCAAGGAGCUGGAGGAGGAGAGCAUCCAGGAUAACUUCGUGGUGGUCUACGAGCUGCUGGAUGAGCUGAUGGACUUUGGCUUCCCCCAGACCACCGACAGCAAGAUCCUCCAAGAAUACAUCACCCAGGAGGGGACGAAGCUGGAGGUGGCCAAGUCUAAGGUGCCCACCACCGUCACCAACGCCGUGUCCUGGAGGUCAGAGGGCAUCAGGUACAAGAAGAACGAGGUCUUCAUAGACGUCAUCGAGUCCAUUAACGUGCUGGUGAAUGCCAACGGGAGUGUGAUGAGCAGUGACAUCGUGGGCAGCAUCAAGCUGAAGACCAUGCUGUCUGGCAUGCCCGAGCUCAGGCUGGGCCUCAACGACCGCGUGCUCUUCGCUCUCACCGGCCGAGACAAGGGCAAGACGGUGUCCAUGGAAGAUGUGAAGUUCCACCAGUGUGUGCGGCUGUCUCGCUUCGAGAGCGACCGCACCAUCUCCUUCAUCCCCCCGGACGGUGAAUCGGAACUGAUGUCCUAUCGCAUUAACACUCACGUAAAGCCUCUGAUUUGGAUUGAGUCGGUGAUUGAGAAAUUUUCUCACAGUCGCGUGGAGAUAAUGGUGAAGGCGAAAGGUCAGUUCAAGAAGCAGUCGGUGGCUAAUAAUGUGGAGGUGCGUGUCCCCGUGCCCAGCGACGCUGACAGCCCCAAGUUUAAAACCAGCACAGGCCACGCCAAGUACGUCCCAGAGAAGAACAUGGUCGUCUGGACCAUCAAGUCCUUCCCUGGGGGCAAAGAGUUUCUGAUGCGGGCCCACUUUGGACUCCCCAGUGUGGAGAAUGAUGAGAUGGAGGGGAAACCACCAAUCACAGUCAAGUUUGAAAUCCCAUACUUCACGGUGUCAGGAAUACAGGUGCGGUACAUGAAAAUCAUUGAGAAAAGCGGCUACCAGGCCCUACCAUGGGUCAGAUACAUAACACAAAGUGGAGAUUACCAGUUGAGAACAAACCAGUAGGCCUAAACUGGUUGAAGAAAUAACCUGCUGGGGCCUACUGGUCCAUUACCAAAUUAUCACAGACUGUUGCUAUGCUAUGUGUGUUACUACUAGCCUAUUACUAGGCUACUACUACUUCUACUCUACACAAUAAUCUGCCAUUAUAUAUAUUUUUUGUUUUACCGUAACCUGACUUCAGUAGCUGAGCUCUGGACAGGCUUGUCCCCAGGCCAGUCCAGUUGGAUGGUUUUAAAUGUUUAAUAUAUUUUGUAUGUAUACCUGUGUUUGUUUGUUUUAAUCAAUGCUUUAUUGAUAUACUGGUAAUUUUAUCAUGUUGAAUGAUUUUGUUUGUGAUUCUUGGCUGCAAUAAAAAGACACAUGUUAGGCUAAUUGAGGAUCUGGGCCCAUUCAGUUCAAUGACCACAUGCUA